AUGGGGGACGACGACUUGAAGCGUGCGUUCCAGGCUCUGUGCGGGGACUAUGAGGAGCUUUUGGACGAGGCCGCGCAGGUCACACAGACUGCGGACGAGCGCGUCGGCCUGGCGUUGUUCAAGAUUGACGAGGCGUGUGCGGCGGCCGACGGACUGAGGCAGGACGCGGAGCAGAUCCAGGAGCAGCUGCUGACCGAGCUGUUGAACAACUGCCAUGAACUCGAGGACAUUUUCCUCCGUGUGAACCUCAUCGAGCGCUUUGUGGGGCGGGUGCUAGUGACCACGAGGGAGCUCGAGAAACGCAUGGAGAGCAUCAGUCGCGCCGCUGGUCCUGUGUUUAACCCGAGUACCAGCGUCACCAGUUUAUUCCGUUCCUUUUCCAUUACGGCGUGCCUUCAACCGAUGACAAAUGGAGUCCUGUGGCUUUCGACUUCAGUACAAAAGAACUCGUGGUGA